GGAUAUACGAGCAAUGCUUCAAAUUAUAUAUGUAUAUAUAUAUAUAUAUAUAUAUAUAUAUAAUAUUGAAUGAAGCCAUUAAUAAUAAUUCCCCAAAUCCUACGUCUCAAACCAUUCCAUAAUCAGGCAGCACGUUAACUUGACUUUUUUUAGAUAGUAUAAACGUAACAAACAAACGUAGCAAACAACCUAGCAUACUUGAACAAAAGAACAACAUCCAUUUCAUUAGUUGUGUCUUUCAGUGAUUGAUUUCAACUUAAUUUAUUGGUUGCUAGGUGAACAAUUAAUUACAAUUCUAGGUCAUUGAUAAUUUAUAUUUAACUAAUAAUAAUAAUGAUGAUGGUAAUUUUCAAACGGAGGAAGACGAAAAUGUGAAAUUUGAAAAAAAGAAAAGAAACAAACAAGCAAGAGAAUACGUAACACAAGUGUUAUUCCACAUUCCUUCUUCAUUUCAACAUAUUCAUCAUUACAUUGGUAUGAAUGGUCGACAGGAAUAUACACAUAAGCAUAUUAUCCCAUUGAUACCACAGUCUAAUUUAUGGUUUCCAGCUAUUAGUAAACCACAUAGAAGUGGUAACUAUUCUUGUUAUCAAACAUACGAUUUCAAUAAUAAACCACAAAUAUUACCUAAUCAAUACUUCAAUUCUUCACUGAGGAUUACUCAACAGAAAUCUAUUCGAUUGAAAUACAAGUUAGAUGUAUUAAAGAAGAAUGUUCCAAAGAGAACCAUGGUUACAAUGAAUAAUAAACAAAUAAUCCAACCCAUAAAGAUAAGGAAACCUUUAUACAAUAAUAAUAAUAAUAAUACUGCCGCCUGUAUGAAUGAAAAGUAUACAAAUUAUCCAUUGUCAAUAGAUAGAAAUAAUAGAACUGAUACAUUCAGUAGGAUUAAUACUAUUAGUUGUGAAAGUAUACAUCAUAAUCAUAAUAAUCAAGAUGGUGUGAAGAUUAAUAUUGUAUUAAUCUUUUCACAACCUGAUAAACAAACUCAAUUCAUGAUUAAUGCAGCUCAACAAUUAAAACAUAAUUGUAUAUUGAUUAAUACAAUGAUGGAGAAUAAUACAACAAAAGAUAUAGAUAAGAUUAUGAAUGAAAAACUUAUGGAUUUACAACAGAUUAUUGAUAUGGUUGUAUUGGAUCUUCGUAAACUGAAGUCAAACGGGUCUUUCAGUAUACCCAGUAUCAGAUCGUCACAAUGCCGAGAAAUCAUUAUCAGUAACAAUAACAUUAGUCCAUCACUGAGCAAUUGGUGUAAACAACUUAGAAGUUAUCCACCGACAAAAGAUUCAGUUAUUGUAGGAUUAUUGGGUCGGAAAUGCUCUAAUGAUCAAAGAAAAAUACUAAUGAACAAAGCUUUAAAAUCUGGUUGUAAUAAGUGUAUAUUCGAAGCCUCAACGGUAGAUGAUUUCUAUGAAGAAUUAAAAAAUUUUGCUAAUAAUGAAUGGAAAUUAUUAAAUCAAUUAAGAAAUUUCAUUUGUACUAACAAUACUACUACCAAUACUACUAAUACUCCUCCUCCUCCUCCUCCUCCUCCUACUACUACUACUACUAGUACUACCACGAAUAAUAACACAAUAACAACCAAAGCAACAAACAUUAUUACUACCUCUAAUAAUAAUGAUUUCAUUGUAGAAUCUGAAAAUAAUCAAUCAAAUUUAGAAUUAAAUGAGAUUUCAUCAGAAGAUGAGUGUAGAUUUCUGAUGAAAUCAGAGACUAGACAGCCAACAAUUAAAGAGUCUGUAGACAAUGAAUUAACAUCAACGGAUGAACUGAAAGCCAAUGUUAUUGACUCAGUCACUGUGUUACAUGAGCAGGGAAAGAAAUUCAGAGAAUUUAUAUCAGUACGAAAAAAUCGGAACUCAGAUACAAACAAUAUUGUUAGUCUAAGUGCGUUAUUGCAUUCUAGAUGUCCUGAUUUUUCAUCACCAAUGUGUAAAGUCAUCGGAAUUUUGAACUCAGCACGUGUACGUAGUCCAUUACCAGUGGCAAAAGAUUUACAAAAAGCUAUUAAUUUAAUAUGUAGUUCAAAUGUAUUUGUUGAUCAAAUAAUGAAACCAUUAAGUCGAACAAAUGAUCCUAUUACAGCAGAUUUAAUUGAAGGUUUAAUUACUGGAUCAAAUUUAGCUAGAGAACCAGAGAACUUAUUAAAACUUCGAUCUUUGGCUAAAUCUCUAAAAGGAUCCGAAAAUGCUUCAACAACACUUUCAACUCUACAAAAUAGUCCAGAAAUUGAAGCUUGCCUUUCAAAUUUUGAUAAAUGGGACUUCAAUAUAUUUGAUCUUGAACGGAUAACUAAUAAAAAACCGCUAACUUGUUUAGGUAUGAAAAUAUUGGACAGUUUUAAUGCUCUUAGUGUACUACGUAUACCUAGUCAAAUUUUAGUCGGUUGGUUAACAGUCAUUGAAGAACAUUAUCAUGUUGAUAAUCCAUACCAUAAUGCUACACAUGCAGGUGAUGUUCUACAAGCAUCAGCUUAUUUUCUACAACAUAGUUUAAUAAGAUCAAUAUGCACAAAUAUCGAUGAAGUUGCUACACUUUUGGCUGCAAUAGUACACGAUGUAGACCAUCCGGGGAAAACAAAUCCAUUUCUUGUGAACAGUAAUGAUCCGUUAGCCAUUCUAUACAAUGAUAUUGCUGUAUUAGAAAGUCAUCAUGCGGCAGUUUCAUUUGAAUUAACUCUUCGAUCACCUGACAUCAAUAUUUUUCAGAAUUUGACACGAGAAGAAUAUCGUACAAUGCGUAGCUAUAUUGUUGAUAUGGUAUUAGCUACUGAAAUGGUACGACAUUUUGAUAUUGUUACAAAAUUUGUAAACACAUUGAGUAAACCAAUGCUUGCAAAGAAUCGACACCAUGACCGUUCAUCUGUUGGUAGUAUGAGUUCUAUGGAAUCGUGUUCCAUGGGAAUGGCAAUAUCACAUUCUACUUCACCAAGUCCUGGACAAGAACGUAUAUCUAGUACAUUAGAAAAUCUGUCAACUGCAGAAAAUAGAACAUUAAUUAAACGUUUAAUUAUUAAAUGCUCCGAUGUUAAUAAUCCUACAAGACCAUUAUCUAUAUGCAAAGAAUGGGCAACAAGAAUAGCUGAAGAAUACUUUUGUCAAACUGAAGAAGAGAAACGACGUAAUUUGCCUAUUGUUAUGCCAAAUUUUGAUCGACAAACGUGUAAUAUUUCUCAGUCACAAUUGUCAUUUAUUGAUUUCUUUCUAAAAGGAAUGUUUUCAGGAUUUGACUGUGUUUUUCCUAUACCUGAACUAAUGAAUAAUCUAGAAAAUAAUACAACUUACUGGGCUAGUAAUAUUGAUCGAGAGAAGAAACAACAUGAAACUUGUCCAAUGGAAUUAAAGCCAACAACCAUCCAUCAAGAAUAAACUUUCUUUUUCUUUUUUUUUUUUUCUUUUUGAUUUCAAUACUUCAAGUUUAUUGGUUUCUUCGUUACCAGGUUACAAACUGAUAAAAAGUACACAUAUUACGUCAUACAUAUAUAUGUAUAUACAUCAACAAAUUGAUAUAGAAGAAAGGAAGAUCUAACAGAAUCAUAUUGAUUGUUAACUUAUCAGUUAUUAGUGUUGUUGUUGUUGUUAUUAUUGUUUUCGUUGGAUCAGUUCUUCAAUUGAAUACUUAUGAAAUAGUUAAUUCCAUAUAAAGUACAUACUUACUUACUUACUUACUUACUUACUUACGUACGACUGUUAACCCUCGUGGAGGAAUAGAAAGUACAUAGUACACUUGAAAAUGAAAAAAAAGAGAAUGUUAAAUGUUUUUCCUAGUGUUUUUAAAAUAUUGAUUUUUUUCUUGGCUGGUUUUCAUACCUACUUACUUACUUACUUACUUACGCCUGUUAACCCUCGUUGAGGAAUAGAAAGUACAUAGUACACUUGAAAAUGAAAAAAAAGAGAAGAAAAUAUCAGGAAUUCUUUCUAGUGUUCUUAAAUUAUCGAUUUUUUUUUCCGUUGGUUGGUUUUUGUAUCCUAACUAAUUGUUCAGUUCAAGGCCUUUGAAUCAAUCUUUGAUAUGAUUAAAAAGAAUAAUCUCGAAUUCUAUGAUCCAUCAUUAUCUCAUAUUCAUACUGUUAUUCUCAUUUGUCAUGUUGUUCAUUCUUUUUCUUUUAAAUUGAGAUAUCAAACUAUGUUAAUAAAGAAGUUUUGGUUGUUGUACAAAAAAAAGUAUUGAAUGUUUAUUAGUUAUAUAAUUAUCAUUACUACUGAUAUAGAAUGAUAAGUAGUAUAAAUCCUUUUUAAUUAAUUAAUUCUGCUUAUUUAGAUACAUAGAUUCAUUGUUAGUAGUAGUGAUUAACAUUAUUAGUAGUAUUUUUAAUUGAUUCAUAUAUUAUUUUCAUAAUUGAAAGAAUGAGUCAAUUGAUGAUAGACCACCAAGAAAAACCUGGACGGCCAUUUCAUCCUAUUGUGUGUCUCAUGAGUUUGAAUCUCACCUGCAAGGCGAGAUCAUGGAUUCUCAUUGCUGUGGAGUCCCAUAAUAGGAUGAAACGGCCGUCAAGUAGUACUUCUAGGUUUUCCAUGGUGGUCUAGAUUCAAUUGACUCAUGAUUUCAACUAUGAAAAUACUGAAAUCUUCACAAAAUCCCUUCUAAUAUUUUAUUAUCAUUAUUUUUCUUUAUCUUUCUAUUCUAUAUUACUGUUACAUCUACCUCGAAUAGUAGAAUCAUAUUGACUGUGUGUUAUUGUUCAUUUAUGGAUGUUUUAUUGAUAUCUAUAACUAUAUCUAUAGAUGGAUGCAAAUGUGUUCAUGUAUGGAUAAGCUUACAUUUCUAUGUUUACAUAUCUACAAAUAUUUCCUUUGUUGGUAAUGUCAAAGACAUUGUGAACAUCCUCAAAGAACUGUUCUUCCAUAAUAGAACUUUUAAUGUUCAUUAUUACCAUUAUUAUUACUAGUGUGAAUAUGGCUAUUUCUUUAGAAACUUCCUCAAUGGUAUUGUACAGUCUCAUUUUACUAUUACUGUCAUAUUCUGUUGUAUUUAUAUAUUCAUAAUGUUGGACCUUUCAACAGUUAAUUAUUCUAUGGAAAUGUAUACACUUAAGUUCAAUGAAUGAAUAUGGAUCAUUCAAGAAGGGAGGAUUAAACAGAAAUAAAUGUAUAUUCAAGAAGCUUAUGAUGUUAUAAUCCAUGUGAUAGUUCUUUGGUGUAUGUGACUAUUGUAAAUCAAUAAUUUUGGAAAUUGUUAUGAUUAAAGUAUCCUUAAUGAAUAUACAUAUUCUCAUUAUUGUGUAUUUUUCUUAUACUAUGGUGUCUUUGAAGUAACCCUUUGAUAUUUUGACACUGAUUAUCCUUUUUUGUGACCGAUUAUUUGACUUCAAUUUGAUCGUAUGUUGAUGAUUAUUGAAAAAAGGGCAUAUCGCAAAUGUUCGUAUAUAAUGAUUGACUUAACUUGCGUUAGUGAAUAAUGGAAUAGAAAUCAGUAAAAUAUGAGAAUGAAGUUUUGUACAAUCGUUAAUUAGAAUAGAUAAUCAAUCAGAAAGAUGGAGCUAAGAAGGCGAUGAGAAAUGGAUUGAGGAAGGUAUGUAAGCCAAAUCGAUUUAUCCAAGCGUUAUCCACUAUUUAUAGUUAG